AUGAAGCCCACUGCUCGGCUUGUGCCUGGGUUGAUGAUCUUCCUGCUUGCCUUGGUGCAGAAUUGCAAAGGAGAAUGUAGAGAAGCCCUGGUCAAGUCUGAGAUGGACGUUAACAGGAAGUAUCCACUCCCCAACUUUAUUGCCGAAACUGAGAUCCAGAACAUCAUUUUACACAAUCACCACAUCUUCCUGGGUGCAGUCAACAAGAUUUAUGUCUUAAAUGAGGAUCUCCAUAAUGUGUCUGAGUACAAGACGGGACCUGUGCUAGAACACCCGGACUGUGCUCCAUGUCAAGACUGCAGUCACAAAGCUAACUCAUCGGGUAGCAUUUGGAAGGAUAAUGUCAACAAAGCCUUGCUCGUGGACACCUACUACGACGAUCAGCUUAUUAGCUGUGGCAGUGUUAACCGAGGGACCUGCCAGCGGCAUGUGUUUCAGCCUGAUAAUCCUGCUGACAUACAGUCCAAUGUUUAUUGUAUAUAUUCCCCGCAGAUGGAUGAGGAGUCCCUCCAGUGUCCUGACUGUGUGGUAAGCACUUUAGGUACCAAAGUUCUGCUGACAGAAAGAGACCGAUUUAUAAACUUCUUUGUGGGCAAUACCAUUAACUCUUCUUAUCCUGAGAAUUCCCUACACUCAAUAUCCGUCAGGAGGUUAAAGGAAACACAGGAUGGCUUUAAAUUUUUGACAGAUCAGUCCUAUAUUGAUGUUCUACCAGAAUUCCAAGAUUCUUACCCCAUCAAAUACAUACAUGCCUUUGAAAGCAGUGACUUCAUUUACUUUUUAACAGUCCAAAGAGAAACUCUGGAAUCUCAGACUUAUCAUACGAGAAUAAUCCGGUUCUGUUCGGUUGACUCUGGAUUGCAUUCCUAUAUGGAAAUGCCUCUUGAAUGUAUUCUUACCGAAAAGAGGAGGAAAAGGUCAACAAGGGAAGAAGUAUUUAACAUUCUACAAGCAGCAUAUGUGAGUAAGCCUGGUGCACAUCUGGCUAAGCAAAUAGGUGUUGGGCCCAAUGAUGACAUUAUCUUUGGAGUCUUUGCACAAAGUAAACCAGACUCGUCAGAACCAACCAAGAGAUCGGCAGUCUGUGCAUUUCCAAUCAAGUUUGUCAACGAUUUCUUCAACAAAAUUGUGAACAAGAAUAACGUGAGAUGUCUUCAGCAUUUUUAUGGGAACAAUCACAAGCACUGUUUUAAUAGGACAUUCUUAAGAAACUCAUCAGGCUGUGAAGCAAGAGAUGAUGAAUAUCGGACAGAAUUUACCACCGGCUUGCAACGUAUCGACUUAUUCACAGGACAAUUCAAGCAAGUCCUUUUAACAUCGAUAUCUACCUUUAUCAAAGGAAACCUAACUAUUGCAAACCUUGGAACAUCAGAUGGUCGAUUUAUGCAGGUUGUGGUUUCUCGAGGACAAUCAACCCCUCAUGUGAAUUUUCAACUGGAUUCCCAUCCUGUUUCUCCAGAAGUGAUUGUUCAACAUCCACUAAAUACAGAUGGCUUCACUUUGGUUAUCACUGGGAAGAAGAUAACCAAGAUCCCAUUGAAUGGUCUAGGCUGUGAUCAUUUCAAAUCCUGCAGUCAGUGCCUCUCAGCCCCUCCUUUUGUGCAGUGCACUUGGUGCCAUAAUCAAUGUGUGAAAUCUGAGGAAUGUGCCACCGAGCUAGGGAAUCAGGAUAUUUGUCUGCCUACUAUUUAUGAGAUUCUCCCAACUAGUGCACCCCUGGAGGGUGGCACAACUUUGACGGUGUGUGGCUGGGAUUUUGGAUUAAGAAAAAAUAAUAAAUUCGAUUUUAGAAAAACCAAAGUUCUCAUUGGAAAUGAGAGCUGCAUAUUGAAUACAAGUGAGAGCACUACCAAUAAGCUGAAAUGUACUGUUGGACCUGCUAAGAAUCUGCAUUUCAAUGUAUCCAUCAUUAUUUCAAAUGGUCGAGAAACAACACAAUUUAAUACAUUCUCUUAUGUGGAUCCUAUAAUAACAAAUAUUUCUCCAAGCUAUGGUCCCAAGGCUGGUGGCACAUUACUUACCUUAACUGGGAAAUAUCUAAACAGUGGAAAUUCUAGAUGUAUUUCAAUUGGUGGAAAAUCAUGUAUUUUAAAAAGUGUGUCUCAUAGCAGUCUAGAAUGUUACACUCCUCCUCAAACCAUUCCCAAUGAGUACCCUAUUAAAAUGAAAAUCGACUUAGCCAAUCGAGAAGCCUACAGUUUUACAUACAAAGAGGACCCCAUUGUUCAUGAAAUACAUCCAACCAAAUCUUUUCUUAGUGGUGGAAGCACAAUAACAGGUUUUGGGAAAAACCUAAAUUCUGCUAGUGUUCCCAAGAUGGUAAUAAAUGUUCCUGAAGUAGGAAGAAACUUCACAGUGGCAUGUAAGCAGCGCUCUAAUUCAGAGAUAAUCUGUUGUUCAACUCCUUCCUUACAACAGCUAAAUCUGCAACCCCCCUUGGAAACAAAAGCUCUUUUCAUAUUUGAUGGUAUCCAUUCCACUUACUUUGAUCUCAUUUAUGUCCAUAAUCCUGUAUUUAAGCCUUUUGAAAAGCCAGUGAUGAUCUCAAUGGGCAACGAAAAUGUACUGGAAAUUAAGGGAAAUGAUAUUGACCCCGAGGCAGUAAAAGGUGAAGUGUUAAAAGUGGGAAAUAAGAGCUGUGAGAAUAUCCGCUUGCACUCUGAAGCAGUCUUAUGUACAGUCCCCAAUGACCUGCUGAAGCUGAACAGUGAGCUAAAUAUAGAGUGGAAGCAAGCAGUUUCUUCAACUGUCCUUGGAAAAGUGAUAGUACUACCAGACCAGAAUUUCACAGGACUCAUUGUUGGAGUCGUCUUGAUAUCAUUGUUGCUCUUGUUACUGCUAGGGCUUUUCCUGUGGCUGAAAAAGAGGAAGCAGAUUAAAGAUCUGGGCAGUGAUUUAGUUCGCUAUGAUGCAAGAGUACACACUCCUCACUUGGAUAGGCUUGUAAGCGCCCGGAGUGUAAGCCCUACCACGGAAAUGGUUUCCAAUGAAUCUGUAGACUACAGAGCAACUUUUCCAGAAGAUCAGUUUCCAAAUUCUUCCCAGAAUGGAUCCUGCAGACAAGCUCAUUAUCCUCUGACAGAUUUGUCCCCCAUCCUAACCAGUGGUGAUUCAGAUCUUUCCAGUCCACUGCUUCAGAAUCACGUCCACAUUGAUAUCAGCGCCUUAAAUCCUGAGCUGGUCCAAGCAGUUCAACAUGUGGUGAUUGGGCCAAACAGCCUGAUUGUACAUUUCAAUGAAAUCAUAGGAAGAGGGCAUUUUGGGUGUGUAUAUCAUGGAACUUUAUUGGAUAAUGAUGACAAGAAGAUUCAUUGUGCUGUGAAGUCCUUGAACAGAAUUACUGACAUAGGCGAGGUUUCCCAAUUUCUGACUGAAGGGAUCAUCAUGAAAGAUUUUAGUCACCCAAACGUCCUCUCACUUUUGGGAAUCUGCCUUCGUAGUGAAGGGUCUCCGUUGGUGGUCCUACCAUAUAUGAAACAUGGAGAUCUUCGAAACUUCAUAAGAAAUGAGACUCAUAAUCCAACAGUGAAAGACCUUAUUGGUUUUGGCCUUCAAGUAGCAAAAGGCAUGAAAUACCUUGCAAGCAAAAAGUUCGUACACAGAGACUUGGCUGCAAGAAACUGUAUGCUGGAUGAAAAAUUCACUGUCAAGGUUGCUGAUUUUGGGCUUGCCAGAGAUAUGUAUGAUAAAGAAUAUUACAGUGUACACAAUAAAACAGGAGCAAAACUGCCAGUGAAAUGGAUGGCUUUAGAAAGUCUGCAAACUCAGAAGUUUACUACAAAGUCAGAUGUGUGGUCGUUUGGAGUACUUCUCUGGGAAUUAAUGACCAGAGGAGCACCUCCUUAUCCUGAUGUGAAUACCUUUGAUAUAACAGUUUACUUAUUGCAAGGUCGAAGGCUCUUGCAGCCUGAAUACUGCCCAGAUCCACUGUAUGAAGUCAUGCUAAAGUGCUGGCACCCAAAAGCUGAAAUGCGUCCCUCCUUCUCUGAACUGGUCUCAAAGAUAUCAGUCAUAUUCUCUACAUUCAUUGGAGAGCAUUAUGUUCAUGUGAAUGCAACCUACGUCAACGUAAAAUGUGUCGCUCCUUACCCUUCCCUUUUGUCAUCCCAAGACAACAUUGACAGGGAGGUGGACACCUGA